ACAAAGACCAAAGUCUAGCAACAUGUCGGAGGAGAUAGCAAAAGCUCAGGUUGCCCAGGCCGGCGGAGAUACAAUCUUCGGCAAAAUCAUUCGCAAGGAGAUUCCUGCAAAAAUAUUAUUUGAAGAUGAUCAGUGCAUAGCCUUCCAUGAUGUUACCCCACAGGCCCCUACUCAUUUUUUGGUUGUCCCAAGAAAACCAAUUGUGCAACUGUCAAAAGCAGAGGACAGUGAUGCGGCUCUCCUGGGCCACAUGAUGAUAGUGGCCAAGAAGUGUGCCGAGCAGAUCGGCCUGCCCAAGGGCUACAGGCUGAUCUUGAACGACGGGCCCGACGGUGGCCAGUCCGUCUACCACAUCCACAUCCACGUGAUGGGCGGACGCCAGUUGGGCUGGCCCCCCGGCUAACUGUCCACACAGACCGUCUACCGUCCUGACUACCAUCCGUCAUCUCUUUAUCCCCAGAUAGUCUAAUGCUGUCCUGAUGCAACUUAUUUCACUGUCAGUCUGUCAUGUAGACCUAAUGUGAUGAUAUAUCAAUGGUAAAUAAAUGCACUUCACAAGC